GUCUCAUCAAGUCAACCCUCCUAUAUAACCGCCCUCUGAAUCUCUCCCUCCCCCCACCAGAAAACAACUCACCACUCACACCACAUGGCUCACCAAGAUCCCACCACCACCACCCACAUGGCUGCCCCGUCGCAGAGGUGGCCGCCUCGCAGGAGAACCAUUCCCCUUCGGCGGCGGAAGCUCCCCACCGUCCGGCUUGGUGGGAAGAGACCGCGGCCAGGGCUUCUCUUGCUGAAGAUGUGGAGGAAGAUGAGGCUGAGGUGGCUCAAGCUGCGAUACUCGUGCAUGCUGAAGAAGCUCAAGGAGUACUACAGGUCGCUGAUCGCGGACAUCAUCGAGGCCGGCGCCGCGGUGGAGACGUUCCAGCAGAGGAUGUUGAUGGAGACGGCCUGCGCCGUCCCGGGCAUGGGGUUCAAUAACUUCCCUUCGGUGGCCAGACACAGAGCCACGAUCUUCUGAAACCUUGUUUGUUUCGGGGUCUGUAUGAAUCAAAUCUUGCGCAAGCUUUCGAUGAGCAAGCAAGAAGGAAAUAAUGUAAUAUAUCUCAUCUUAACCAAGAAGAAAAAGAAGUGUUUCCUCGU